AUGCCGUCCAUGUGGCUGACAGAUACACAGAAGGUUGGGGUGGUGUUCUGCUCUGGUGGUAGUCUAUUCCUCUUCCUGGGGAUUCUCAUGUUCUUCGACCGGUCACUACUUGCUAUGGGAAAUAUCCUCUUCUUAAUCGGCCUACCUCUCAUCCUCGGUCCGCAAAAGACGCUCGCCUUCUUCGCGCGCCGACAGAAGCUCACGGGAACGGUUACGUUCGCCCUGGGCAUUUUUCUUAUCCUCUUCCGCUGGCCGCUGAUAGGCUUCUGUGUCGAGCUAUACGGUCUCUUUGUCCUGUUUGGUGAUUUCCUGGUCACUCUCGGUGGGUUUGUGGGCAGCAUACCGGUUGUAGGGCCGUAUCUGAGACAGGCGUUGGUCUGGCUGGGUACCAUGGGAGGCAGAAGGCCAAACCAGGACCUACCAGUAUAA